AUUCCUUUAAUACAUUUGGCGGUUUUUUUGACAGUCGCGUAGAAACGCGCGUAUAUAUGGAUGGUAAUCCUGAUUUUUAUCAUUUAUAUUCCAAAUUAAACUGUAUUUUAUAACAAAAUGAGUGAAAAUGUACAAGGUACAUUCGUAUCGGAAAAAAUUUCUAAAAUUAGAUGGAAACACGAAGAUUUUGAAGAUGCUACUAAUUUUAUUACCGGUAGUUGGGACGAUCCGGUAAAUAAAGUAACGCAUUGGACAUUUCAAAUGAACGAUGAUGGCGAAUCUUAUCCAGCAGUUGUCUCAUCCUAUGCAAUUCUCGGAGAUGUAACUGAAAUAAAGUUUAUUUCGAAAGAUUUUUUUGUGGUGUCAACAUCUAUAGGUACUGUUAGAUUGUUGCAAAUCCAUGAAAAUCCAUAUUCUCAAUUUAAAGAACACAUGUCAUGGGAAUUUAUACACAGAUUUGAUAAUACAAAUGACUAUGCACCUUGUACUGGACUUUCCACAUUCGAACAAGAUAUAGCUUCAGUGGGAGAAGAUGGGAGAAUUAAUCUUCUAACAGCUGGACAGAAACAACCAGUUAGAGUUAUUGAUGAUGCAGAUAGUUGCUCAUUAUAUUGUAUUGAUUUCCUAAGACAUAAUGAGAUACUUACAGGAAAUAUAAGAGGACAUAUGAAAGUCUGGGAUUUAAGAAAUGAUCAAGAUCUUCCUGCUACAACAUUUAUGCUUUCUGAUCAAUCAAAAACGGAAGCUACAAGUAUUGCUCAUCAUCCAACUCAAAGACAUAUUGUAGUGGCUGGUGGUGGUGAUGGAAGCUUAACAGUUUGGGAUUUAAGACAUAAUACAUAUCCAAUGUCUCAACUCAAUGCUCAUGCAAAAGCUGUUAGUGAAAUACUUUUUCAUCCUGAUAGACCAGAAAAUUUAUUUACAUGUUCAGGAAGUGGUGAAUUAUGGCAUUGGAAUAAUGCUCAACAUUCAAAGCUAAGUUUGGAUCCUACAAAUACACAUUGGUUAAAUACAAUUGGUACAAAUGGUAAAGUUAAUGUAACUUCACUUUAUAGUGCUAUGCAUAAGCCAAUCAAUACUAUUGAUAUUGAUAAAUCAACAUUACUUUUUGGAUGUGAUAAUGAAGCAAUAGAUGGCUCAGCAGCAUCCAACAGUACAACUACACCUUCAACAGCACCAAAAAAUCAAGUUCAGAUAAAUCCUUAUACUAGUCUACCUUAUACACCAAGAUAUCAUGAAUUUUAUAAAAAAAGAAUCACUCUACCUGUAUUUGAAUAUCGUGCUGAUUUUAUGAGAUUAUUAGCACAACAUCAAUGUAUUGUACUUGUUGGAGAAACAGGCUCAGGUAAAACUACACAAAUACCACAAUGGUGUGUAGAAUAUUCAAUGCGUAUUGGCAACAAGGGUGUUGCUUGUACUCAGCCAAGAAGAGUAGCAGCUAUGUCCGUUGCACAAAGAGUCUCAGAAGAGAUGGAUGUUGCAUUAGGCCAAGAAGUAGGAUAUAGCAUUCGUUUUGAAGAUUGUAGUUCUCCAAAAACUAUAUUAAAAUAUAUGACUGAUGGUAUGCUUUUACGUGAAGGCAUGUCAGAUCCUAUGCUAGAUGCUUAUCAAGUGAUAUUAUUAGAUGAAGCUCAUGAAAGAACUUUAGCCACAGACUUGCUAAUGGGUGUGUUAAAAGAAGUGAUUAAACAAAGACCAGAUUUGAAACUUGUGAUUAUGAGUGCAACUUUAGAUGCUGGAAAAUUUCAACAGUAUUUUGAUAAUGCACCUUUAAUGAAUGUACCUGGCAGAACUCAUCCUGUUGAAAUUUUUUAUACACAAGAGCCUGAAAGAGAUUACUUAGAGGCUGCUAUCAGAACUGUUACUCAAAUACAUAUGUGUGAAGAAGUAGUAGGAGACUUACUCUUAUUUUUAACUGGUCAAGAAGAAAUUGAAGAAGCUUGUAAAAGAAUUAAACGAGAAAUGGAUAAUUUAGGUCCAGAAGUAGGUGAACUCAAAUGUAUACCACUUUAUUCUACACUGCCUCCAAAUCUUCAACAAAGAAUCUUUGAACCAACACCACCUACAAAACCUAAUGGUGCUAUUGGUAGAAAAGUAGUAGUUUCGACUAAUAUCGCGGAAACAUCAUUAACCAUUGAUGGUGUUGUUUUUGUCAUUGAUCCUGGAUUUGCAAAGCAAAAGGUAUAUAAUCCCAGAAUCCGUGUAGAAUCUCUUCUUGUAUCACCUAUUAGUAAAGCUUCUGCACAACAAAGAGCUGGUAGAGCUGGUCGAACAAGACCUGGAAAAUGUUUUAGAUUGUAUACAGAAAAGGCAUAUAAAAAUGAAAUGCAAGAUAAUACUUAUCCUGAAAUUUUAAGGUCUAAUCUUGGCAGUGUUGUAUUACAAUUAAAAAAACUUGGCAUUGAUGACUUGGUACAUUUUGAUUUUAUGGAUCCUCCUGCACCAGAAACACUUAUGAGAGCUCUAGAACUUCUUAAUUAUUUGGCCGCUUUAGACGAUGAUGGAAAUCUCACAGAUUUGGGUGCUGUGAUGGCAGAAUUUCCAUUAGAUCCACAAUUGGCAAAGAUGCUCAUCGCAUCUUGCAAUCAUAAUUGUAGUAAUGAGAUAUUGAGCAUUACUGCUAUGUUGUCAGUCCCGCAGUGUUUUGUGAGGCCAAAUGAAUCAAAGAAAGCUGCGGAUGAUGCUAAAAUGCGAUUUGCACAUAUCGACGGAGACCACUUAACAUUAUUGAAUGUCUAUCAUGCCUUUAAGCAAAAUUUCGAAGAUCCACAAUGGUGUUACGAUAAUUUCGUUAAUUAUCGAUCUUUAAAAAGUGGUGAUAAUGUUAGACAACAACUAAGUAGAAUAAUGGAUAGAUUUUGUUUAAAACGUACUUCAACAGAGUUCACAUCAAAAGAUUAUUAUAUUAAUAUUAGAAAAGCUCUUGUAAACGGGUUCUUCAUGCAGGUCGCUCAUUUAGAGAGGACUGGUCAUUAUUUAACUAUUAAAGAUAAUCAAAUUGUACAACUUCAUCCAAGCAGUUGUUUAGAUCAUAAACCCGAGUGGGUAAUUUAUAAUGAAUUUGUGCUUACGACCAAAAAUUAUAUCAGAACAGUUACAGAUAUUAAACCUGAUUGGUUGCUUAAAAUAGCACCACAAUAUUAUGAUUUACAAAAUUUCCCACAAUGUGAAGCAAAGAGGCAAUUGGAAGUAAUUCAAGCGAAAUUAGAUUCAAAACAGUAUCAGGAAGGAUUCUAACCUCUAUAUAUUUUAGCUAUCUUUAUAAAUGGUGUCAAAUGAUUGAUAAUGUGUGACCUGUUUCGGUAAUACGUCAGGCACACUACUCUUACAAACAUAAAGUCAAAACAUAUAUUAAACAUUGUGAAAUGAUCAAAGGAGUAGUUGUCUGCUCUGUAUUUUCACUUAAAAUAUGUAAAAAAAAGACAAAUUUUAAUGAACAUUUAUAAUUUUGUACAAGCUAUAAUGAAACUUGUACAUCUUUUUGGCUUGUGCCGAAAAAAAUUUGAAUGUUUGUAGACAUCGUUCUGUCUUAAUAUGAAACAAAUGAAAUUUGAUCUUUAAUCAGUUAGAAGACAUGUGGAAGGCAUAGUUGGUUGAUAAAUGAUUUAUUUAUGUACAUUAAAGAAAAAUUUAGUAACUAAGUAAUUUUAUCAGUAGAAUUUUUGUUGAUCAACGUUUGCACACUCGGAAUGUAAUAUUAGAUAAAAAAUAGAUUAAUUUUUUUAUUAAAUGUUGAACAAAUACGCCAGAUAAGAUGUAUACAAUGCUUACUAUCGAUAAUUGAAGGACAAUGACUUUACAUAAUCUUCAACAUGAAUUAUAUCUGUUUGCCGUUUUUUCUUAAAAUCAAGUAGUAUUGUUUUUGUGUUAUAUAUUUCACUUUCUAAGUACAUACAAAAACAUUACAUAUUUAUUAUAAUUUUACAUAUUAAUUAUGAUUAAAAUGUGCAAAUAUCUUAUCUUACGCAAUGUUUUUUUUGUUUAUAAUCAAUAUGACUUAUACUAUGAUAAUUUACUUGAAAAUAGAUAAAAAGAUAUUUCCAAUUUUCAAUCAUAAGAAAAAUAAAAAAUGAAAAUACAUCCGUAAAUAACGUGAAAAAUAUUUUGAGAAAUCUAUGUAAGUUUGAAAAAUUAAAUUGUUCUUAUUUAUAACUGCUAGCACAAUAUAUAUUGCAAACCAUUAUUACUGUAAGGAUUUAACAACUUACAGUAUUACAAGUUAUCUCUACGAGACGUAAAAAGAAUUAAGCUUAUUAUUCAAAUAAUAAAUUUUUAAUGCUACGGUUUAGAAUAUUACAUAUGUUAAAGAAUGAAAUGAAAUUUUUUAGCUUGUUUUAGAAUUGAAUUAUUUUCUAAAUAUUUUGCUGUUUGAAAUCUCGUACUUCUUUAACAUGUUGAAUAAUAGUUUCAAUUUUUGUAAAUAAAACAUAUGCAAGUAUUAAAAGAACUUGUAGAAUCACGAGAGUUACGGUCACAAACAGUUUUCAUUGUAUUGUACAACUUCAUUCCAAUAAAAUAUUAAAAAUAUGA